AUCAAAACUUGCCCACCGACCAUGUCGCCAUCCUUCAGCGAGAUCCUGGAAAUCCAAGUAUAGGAGCUGUAAAUUUCCCCCUCGGCUAGGAUUUGAGAGUUUCCCAUUCGGUCUGCCUUAGACUCGCCCAUGUUUAUAGUGCAAUGGCGUUCUUUUGGGGUUAUUUCGCCCCGCACUAUAGAGAGGUUUCGACGGUGCUUCAAAAUCCUGUGAACUUGAAGAGGCUUUUCAAAUGUGUCGCCGCGUUCUAUAUUGCCAUGUUGUUUGGUCUCAUACCAUCAUGGAUCCGAAUACUGGAACCUGAGACUGUCAUGGCGCCCAUUGCCCUCCUCCUUUUGCAUCCUGCGCGGACUGUGGGUGCUCAGCUGGAGGUGAUCAUAACCGGUCUUGCUGGCGCUUUUAUUGGCGUAGCCUGGGGGCUAGGAACCCUGGCUGCAUUGGGAAGUUACUUCCAAAAUUAUCCAGGAGUCGACAAUCAAGGAUUUGGAAAAGCGGUAGUGGGACUAGGGUCGAUUUUGGUAUUCGUGUUUGGUGCCACGACUAUCAACGCCAAAUAUCCACAUCUACGAAGCUUUUGUAUGAACGGUUGUAUUAUCACCGUCCUCAUCAUUCCAGCAGUAUUUGAUAUGCCCUCCUACCAGCCAGCACCGAUCCUUUCCGCCUUGAAAGGUUAUUGCAUUGGGGCAGGAAUUUCAUUGGUCCUGAAUAUCUUCCCCUGGCCUGAAUUCGCCAAUGAGCAUCUGAAGUCAACAAUGUUCGAUUCAUUCAAUAAAGUCCGCACCUGCCUAGAUUCGGAAGUAUCUCUGUUCCUUUCCUUCCCUGCCGCCUUUAUCGAUCCACCCACACCCAGGAGACGUGCAAGUACGCGGGAUUUGCAGAGGCGGUCAUCCGUGUCUGCCGCUAUGGCUACCUCACAACACCUUGCUGCCGCACGCUCUGCCGUCUCGGAAAUUCAUAAUGCGCGCAAGGAUGCAACUCAUGAGCUUGGCUAUGGUUAUCACGCGCCGCAUUCGCUCCGAGAUUUAGAAAACUAUACGCGAUUAAUGGUACGGCACUUGGGUGGGAUGGCAUCUGGAAUUGCUGGAAUGCAAGAAGUUAUCGAAAGCAAGGAUGUAGCCAACAGUGGUCGUGAUGCCGUGAUAUCCUCUUUGCGGGCUUUCGUGACAUGUAUAGCACCGAAUGUAAGGGACUUGAAGAAGUGUUGUCUAGAUGCUCUGGAGAUGACUCCGGAGAUCUUGUACAGACCAAAGGCUCAACAUUGGUGGAUACGAGCGAGUGAAGAAGGGCAUUCGGACGAUCUUAGCGCUACACGCAAGCGUUUGCAGAAGUCUUUGGAGCAGUACGACGAGGCACAAAAGCUAGCCUUCUCGCAAUGUACUCCUGGAACGACUACUGAUACUAGGACGGCGGCAAACGUUGAGCCCCCUGCUAAAAAACCCCCUACCCCACCGCCACGAACAUACUCUGCAGAAUCACCGACGCACGAUCAUGCGAAGGAUGUAGGAACUGCCGACGACCAAAGUUUCGCUCACUCAACAAAUCAGCUUCCUUCGGCACACACAUCUCGGAACAGCAGUCUAUCAGAGCGGAUUGAGCUGGUACCAUUAAGGACCACUGCAUCUCGUGAAGGAUCAGAUGGCGAUGACGAUUUGAUACCCACUUCUUCGCAUGUGCAUUGGACGAACGAGUUUUAUUCAGUAUGCUUUUUUGCAUUGAGCUUACGAGAGUUUGCCAAAUCUGUUUUGGACGAAUUACGAGAAGCUGAUCGACUCCAUCGCACAUGUGGUAACAGUCGUCGCGUCUUUUGGCCAAGAAGCGGUUGGAUGUCGCGACAUGGUCUGAGGCCCACGGUGAAGGGGAAAAGAAAAGGGAGUUGUAAAUGGAAAUCCCCUUUCACCGCUUUCGUCGAUGGUCUUUACACCUUCCAUACGUUGAUGAAGAGCCCAAACGUGCGGUUCGGUUUGAAGUCUGUUGUAGCUGUCGUUCUCUGCGGCGUCUGGGCUUUUAUCUCUAGCACACGGCCAUGGUACAUUACCCAACGGGGUUAUUGGGCUAUGUUCACAACAGUUGUCGUCAUGAAUCCAACUGUCGGGGCUACUUCGACGACCGCGGUUUAUAGAAUGAUGGGAACUGUCUUCGCUGCAGUCUGGGCAUAUCUAUCGCUUGUGAUCGCCAAUUUGAAUGCAGGAGUGAUCUGUGCAAUGAUGCUACCGAUUACCAUCAUUGGCUUUUACAUCGCUCUUUUCACCAGUCGGCGCUACGCGGGCCUUGUUCUCCUCAUCACGUACUGCACCAUCAUAGUGAUGCCUUUUGAACCAAGAGGAGUUCCCGAAUCCAUAUUGCACCUCGCAAUUGCCCGGACAGUUACUAUAUUUGGCGGCUCCGCCGUCGCGUUAAUAGUUACGUGGGUACUGUUUCCGCGCCUCGCCCGUCGUGAUGUGCGAUUCGGAGUUGCGGCGAUAAUGCGUGACGUGGCGGCUCUCUAUGCCACACAAGUAGGAGGACUCCUUACUCCUCCCACUCCGUCGAGUGGCAGCGGCAAGGUCAACAUAAACACGGAGAUUGAGCAUUUCCUCUCGAAGGCGCAAUCUCGUUUGACUGCAACCCGCCUCAGCAUGACGAUUGCAGCAUCUGAGCCCGAUUUGGAUCGACCGUAUGACAGCGGGACCUUUUGCGAGGUUGCAGAUCGGCUACAAGCACUGAUUGAUAUUUUGGCAGCGAUGCGGGACUCUUUAAAGGCGGAAAUGGAUGAUGAACUGGCAAACGUCCUAUGGUCAGUUGCGGAAGAACGACGAAACCUCGUAGCUGCUCUCGUAGCGGCCUUUCACAUACUCGCAUCCUGUCUGGAAAUGGCAGCACCCCUUCCCGUCCAUUUCCCUCAAGUUGUACCUGCCCGCGAACGCUUACAGGAACGGUUAAAAACUGUGAUGGGCAACCGGCGAUUCUCAUCUGUGUCUGCGUUGUAUGUGCAUGCCUAUGCGUGUACAACGAAACGUAUUGUAACAGAGUGCGAAGGUUUGCGUAAGGCAUUGGGCGGGCUGCUCGGGUGCGGGACCAAGGCAUAGAGGUGAAGCACACACAUAUAAGGCAAUUAUUGGAGCUUACUAAUCGUACCCUAUUUCGAGGACCAAAAUGUAUUAUGCUUUCUCUGUAAAUUUUUAAAACACUGAUCAAAUGCCACACUGCA